AUGUUCUUUCGCUCCUUCAAUCGCAGGAAGGAUCAUGCACCAAAGAAGGCAGCAGCAAAGUCUCCAUUCCCAGCCACCAAGGGCGGUGUCAAGAAGGCAGCAAAGAACCCUCUCUCCGAGAAGCGUACUCGCAACUUUGGCAUUGGCCAGGAUGUGCAACCUGUGCGUAACCUCUCGCGAUACGUGCGAUGGCCACAAUACGUGCAAUUGCAGCGUCAAAAGAAGAUCUUGAACCAGCGUCUCAAGGUCCCACCGGCACUCGCUCAGUUCCAGUACACUUUGGACAAGAACACCGCUACAAGCUUGUUCAAGCUUCUCAACAGCCACAAGCCCGAGACCAAGGUUGAGAAGAAGGAGCGAUUGACCAAGGUUGCCGCUGCCACUGCUGAGGGUAAGGAGGCCGAGCAAACCGCCAAGCCUACUACCGUUAAGUUCGGUCUUAACCACGUUGUGGGUCUUGUUGAGAACAAGAAGGCUUCCCUCGUCAUCAUUGCACACGAUGUUGACCCUAUUGAGUUGGUUGUCUACCUUCCCGCUCUCUGCCGCAAGAUGGGCGUCCCUUACUGCAUUGUCAAGGGUAAAGCACGUCUCGGUUCCGUUGUCGGCCUCAAGACCGCUUCUGCGCUUGCCUUGACUGAAGUCAAGUCUGACGCCAAGUCGGACCUUGCCAACGUCGUCUCUGCCAUCAACGCAAACUUUACAGAGAAGUUUGACACACAGAGGAAGCAGUGGGGCGGUGGUAUCAUGGGACAAAAGUCACAGAACGAGACGCUUCGCAGGAAGCGUAUCUCUGACGCUGCCGUCAAGGUGUAAAGUGUCGUCUUUUCUCUAUUGCAUAGCCAAACAUUUCACGUCUGCGUAUC